AUGCAAAAUUCACUUGACUACGGUCCUCGCGAUCUCAUUGGCUAUGGCGAGACCGCGCCAGACCCACGCUGGCCCAACGGGACCAAGAUCGCACUUUCGUUUGUGCUGAACUACGAAGAAGGCAGCGAGGUGUGUCCCGAGAACGGCGACGCAGUCACCGAGGUGCUGGCGACGGAGCUGGGGCCCGGCGUGCAACCGUCUGUGGGCGGCGUCCGCGACGUGAAUAUCGAGUCUCUGUACGAGUACGGCAGCCGCUGCGGAGUGUGGCGAGUGCUCAGACUUUUUGAAGAGCAUGACACGAAGCUGACUAUUUUUGCUGUUGGACAGGCACUGGAGAAAAAUCCCCAGGCUGGAAAGGCGUUUGUACGCGGCGGCCACGAAGUCGCGUCGCACGGCUGGAGAUGGGUCGACCGUUCUGGAUGGACUGCGGCCGAGGAAAAGGAGUACGUCAAGCGGUGCGUCCGCGCAAUCGAGAAAGCUACCGGGCGGCCACCACGGGGCUGGUAUUACGGGAUGAUCCACAGCAAGGCGGCCGAGAGAUCGCGCAGCAUACUGGCGCAGACGUUUGCGGAGUUAGGGCUGCCACUGCUUUGGUACGGCGACGCGUACAAUGACGACCUGCCGUACUGGGUGCCGUAUCCUGGCGGCCCCAAGCAAAACGGGCUUUUGAUUAUUCCCUACACCAUGGACACAAACGACUACAAAAACGCUGGCUACCAGGCGGAGAGCGCGGCAGUCCCAAAAUGCUGA